GGUGUGUCGGCAGAGGACAGGCUAUUCUGGGGGAGAACCCUUGAAAUCACGAAUUUUUACUUUAAAUUCAGCGCUCUGGAAUUGCUUAUAAAUCCUGUUUCUCCUGCAAUGUGCUUUGGUCAAGAGACCACUUUAAACUGAAGCACUUUCUCCAUGAGUUCCACAAGAGUUCUUCAUCUCCUCAAUCCUCCAAUGCCGGGUCCAGUUAUGCCCGUGGAUGUGGCUGUGCAGCUGUACAUCACCCAUUCUCCCCCACUGCGCAGCUUCCUGAGCUCAUAUGAAGACUACAGGACACGCAACCUGGUCAACACCUGCUACAAACCCCUCCGGCCCUGCUUGAGCUCUAGAGCCCACCUGGAGCCCCCUCGUCUGGACUGGCAGACCCCAAAAUCCAAGGCCAAAAAGAAGGUUGUGUUUGCCGACUCAAAGGGUAUGUCAUUAACCGUGGUGCAUGUCUUCUCAACUUUCGAAAACAGAGAACCUGUUACAUCCGAACUGCAAUUUGACCUGGAAAACUUAGAGGACGUCACAGGAACUCUCCAUAUAAAUUCAGUCCAGAGCAGAAUUCUAGAUUUUCCACAACCAGCAGCAGACUACCUAGAUUUUCGUAGUCGGCUGCUGAAGAACUUGGUUUGUUUGGAGAACUGUACCCUACAGGAGCGAGCCCUCACUGGCACUAUCAAAGUGCGUAACCUGGCCUACGAGAAGUUGGUUCAUGUGCGAAUCACUUUCGACACCUGGAAGAGCUUCCAGGAUGUGGAAUGCACAUUUAUGAAUAAUGUCUAUGGUUGUCAGGAUACAGACACAUUCUCGUUUGCCAUUGAACUGCCUGGGUAUGUGCCCCCUCAGAAUAAGGCCGAAUUUUGCAUUAGCUACAGAACUGGAGAGCAGACCUACUGGGACAACAACGAUGGCAGAAACUAUGGACUGAAUUCCACAAACCAGGGAAAGAAACCGAAUGAAUCCAGAAAGUUAGGCAGGAAAACACAAGACAAUGAGGUUUAUAAAUGUAAAAGUCCGCUCCAAUCCAAUGGCAUUUUCCCAAACUGGCAGAGUUGGGGGCACAUUGCAACCAGUGGCCCCUAUUGGUGACUUGAGCUCACAUAAUUAACUAUCCAAAUGUGUUGAAAGCUUUUAGCACCAAUAUAUCUCUCGGUAUGACAACAGAAGAAUAUUAACAUUCUCUUAAGAGCUCUUAAUAUGAUUUACCUGCUGAUUACUUUACAAGCAGACCUAGAUCAGCUGUCUGUUAGCAGAUUAAAGAGGGGACAGAGACUGGUUGAAGUGGUCACAUAGAGUGAACCUUGUUUCUUUUAGAUGGAACAUGUUGCUUCCGUGUAAUACAGCAUGUUUUAUUCUUUUGAGUAAAAUGUGCGAUGACCCCUUUCAUGAAGCGCUAGACCGCUAGGAGGUCUCGAGUAAACACUAUAUAACAUCUGUGUCGGUUCAUUGUAUAAAAUGUGCCUUUGUCAUAAGUGUGCUAAGCGAAUUUUUUGUUAUGCUGCUGCCAUUGUGUGCCACAUCUGCAGACUGUGCACUAUAAAAAAUGAUACCAAGUGAAAAUCAAGUCUGAUAAUUUGAAGAGGAUAUAUCUGUCUCACUAGCCAAUUUUCAGCAGAUUUCCAGUUGAAGAUUCUAUUAUGGAAGAGAUGAACAGUUGGUAUGCAACCAGUGAGAUUGUCCUUCAUAUUGAAGGGGUAACCUUUACUGGCUACAAACUUUCAGAAGGAAAAAA